GACUCCCAUGAGGCUGGGUGUGCAGAGGGUGCGGGGACAGUGCUGCCUUCUGCGUCCCACCCAGCUGAGGGGGAAGUGAAAAGAUGUCCUGGAUCACAGGGAAAUAUUGGGUGCAGUUCCUAUUACAGCUCUCAGUCCUGGCUGGAUUUCUGCCCUGGACAAGGCUCCAUGUGCCAGCCAGGCUGGGGCUGAGCAGCCAGGUGUGGUAGCAGUGUCCUUCCCCCAUGGGAUUUCCUCUCCUGCCCUGGCAGCUCCCCUGGACCACGGUGUGCAGGAUCACCCUCAAUAAAGGUCUGUAAGGUCUCGCUCCCUGUCCUCUACCCAUGGCAAGGGGAGCCACAAGCCCACCAGGGUGGGUUCAAUUGCAUGGCCCUGGCAGUGCAUGACAUCCUGCUGAACAGGCCCUGCUGCUGAGGUCAGACAGGGAAGCAGCAGAGACAACCUGGCCCAGCUUUGUGCUGGCUCUGCCAUGCUGGGGGCUGCUGUACCCUGCCUGGGGAGGGCAGAUUUGGGGCACUCCAACUCUUCUUCUAACUGUGAACUUCCUGCCAGCAGCGUGUGCCACGGUCUCCCAUCCUGCCUGGGGGUGAUGCUGGUGGCUUGGGACACCCCGAGGGCCACAGCUGAACCUGGCUGCAGGAGCCAGCAGAGGGUCCAGAGGGAGAAAUCCAAUGCCUCACGCUGGGCCAGCAGGCAGCUCGCUCUGGGGACGCUUCCCAUGGCUGCUCUGUGGCUGGACCCUGGCGGGAGUGGCUGCAGGUGAUGCCCCUGGAGGCCCCUGGGGUAACUGGAUGGGAUCGGGGGUACCGAGGGUCUCACCUGCCCUAGUCCCACUCCUGAGCCGUUCCGGAUCCUUGUGCUGUCCCUGGGCUCAUCGGGAGCUGGUGGUGCACGGAGGCGAAAGAGCGCAGGGGACAGGGACGAUGCAGGACCUCCGAGAGGGCAGAGCGAGAGUGGGAAAGAGCCACGGCAGGGAGAGAGGCUGGGAUCGGGACACACGGGGUGGGUGCCGGGGUCGGUCUGACGACCCCACGGGCACGGGCACGUCCCCGGAGGAGCCGGGUCGCGGGGCGGGGCGGCCGGGGGCGGUCCCGGUGCCGGUCCCGGCAGUGCCCGCUCGGCUCCGCCCCGCCGCGGCCCGCCAGCUUCACUCCGAGCGGGAUGCAGGACCCGCCGGUGGCGGCGGGGAGACCUCCCGGCUCGGGUGCGAUCCCCCACCCUCCCGGUGACCCCCGGACCCCGCCCGGUGACUCGCCAGCCCCCCGAGGAUGAAGACGCUGGUCCGGCUCUUCCUAACGCUGGUAUGCGCCGUGGUGGUGGCGAUGCUGUACAUCCUGCUGGGCUACCGCGCCCAGGUGCAGCCCUGCUGCCGAGCCCCGGGGCCGCGGGACAGCCCCGCCACACCCCGCAUCCGCAGCUUCCAGGGCUACAGCCGCGUUCCCGACGGGAAGCCGCUGGAGCGAGCGCUGUGCCACCGCUGCGCCGUCGUCUCCAGCUCGGGGCAGAUGCUGGGCUCAGGGCUGGGACAGGCCAUCGAUGAGCAGGAGUGUGUCCUGCGCAUGAACCAUGCCCCCACCACACGCUACGAGCAGGACGUGGGGACACGCAGCACCUUCCGCGUGGUCUCACACACCAGCGUCCCGCUGCUGCUGAGGAACCAGCCCUACUUCUUCCAGCAGUACCAAGAGACCCUCUACUUUAUCUGGGGGCCAACAAAGAAGAUGAGCAGGGAGAAGAAGGGCUCAACCUACCAGGCACUGCUCAAGGUGGUGCAGAAGUACCCCCAGCUGCAGAUCUACACCCUGACCGAGGAGAAGAUGGCAUACUGUGACGAUGUCUUCCAGAAUGAGACAGGCAAGAACAGGCUGAAAUCCGGCUCCUUCCUGAGCACGGGCUGGUUCACCAUGAUCCUGGCCAUGGAGCUGUGCGAGCAGAUCUGUGUCUUUGGCAUGGUCAGCGACAGCUACUGCAGGGAAAAGAACCACUCCAGUGUGCCAUAUCACUACUUUGAGAAGGGCCGGCUGGACGAGUGCAAGAUGUACCUGAUGCACGAGCGAGCGAGCCGUGCCGGACACCGCUUCAUCACCGAGAAAGCCAUCUUCUCCCGCUGGGCCAAGAGGAGGAACAUCGUGUUCCAGCACCCAUCCUGGGCAGGCAGGUAGGGCGCCAGCCUUGGGGUGAGGCAGCAGGAACCCCGGCAGCAGGGCGGCUCUCAUCCUGCAGCAACAUGUCUCAGCUCUGCCAGUGCCAUGGUUGGACACCUUUUGCCAAGCCCUGGAGCAGGGAGUCUCCAUCUCUGCAGCAGCAGUGCCUGUUUCCCCAGCUGAUGGAUGGGCUGUUGGUACAGCCAAUACAUGUACCAUACAUGUACCCUACAUGUACCCUGUUGGUACAUGGGGGGCAUGAACUGGACCCACGCAGCCCCACCAGCUCCAAAUGCCUGCCUGGAUGGACUCCGGGAGACCUGUUUUUCUGCUCUCUCUACUAGGAAGACACUUUAAUGCAGGAUUAGACAUGCUACUGGACUCCAGCAGGACAUGGGGCAGAAAUGUUCAGCCCUGCCAGGGCAGCAAAGUGAUGUUUCUCACAGGGACAAAACUCUACUGUGGUCCUUGCCCUACUUGUGCCCUCUGGACAGUGCUGGAGUGGGGUGCAGGUAGCUGGAUCCAGGCUCUGCCUUCUGCUGCUUGGUGCCUGCAUCCCCUCAGCUGGGAAACCCUGGAGCCACAUGUGCCCUAGGGGCUCUGAGUUGCCUUGUCACAAGUGUCCUUGGAUUCAGACCAAAGCAAAUGUGGCCAUUAAAAUUGUUUUUAAUUCA